AUGAAACUUUUAUAUAUCAUCUUAUGUAUUGUAUUACUCUCUUCAACAGUAGUUUGGGCAUACCCAGCAGCUCAAGAAAACCUUCCUGCUAAAUCUUCGGAUGAUAAAAAAUCCGAUGAAAAACCUAUUGAAAAAUCGGAUGAUAAAAAAUCUGGCGAAAAAUCGGAUGAUAAAAAAUCCGAUGAAAAAUCUGUUGAAAAAUCCGAUGACAAAAAAUCUGGCGAAAAAUCCGAUGACAAAAAAUCUGGCGAAAAAUCCGAUGAUAAAAAAUCCAAUGAAAAACCUGUAGAAACAACAGCUUCAAGUUCCCAAGGAAAGAAUAAGGAACAACAUUCAGGCAUUAAGAUUACCUCACCAAAAAAAGAUCAGUGCUUUCAAACAGAUUCUGAGUUGAAGAUCACUUGGACUAGUUCGCUUUCUGAAAAAGUGCGAGUAAAAGUACUUUACUAUAACAACCCUAUAUUUAAAACUGAGAAUGAACCCAAUAUUGUCGACGCGUCUGCUGGAGGCAUCGCAAUAAAAACUACAGGUUGGCCUGCCGGGUCUUAUGUUGCAGUUAUUGCGUUG